AUGGGUUACACUACUGCACUGCUGAUGGUUUUCAUCCCUUUGAUCGGGUACUUGUACUUCAGCUUUAAGACUGGCCCGGCCAAGAAGACCAACAACUUCCCACCAGGUCCCCCAACUGUACCAUUCCUUGGCAACCUGCAUCAGAUGCCACUGAAAAAGUCCUUCAUUCAGUUCACGGAAUGGAGUCGCAUCUACGGUUCCCACGGGCUCUUGGGACUUCAAAUAGGACCCAGCGGCAAGACUGUUGUCCUCAACAACUGGAAAUCGGUGAGCGAGCUACUUGACCAGCGAGGCGCCAUCUAUUCAUCCCGUCCCUUCCUGGCGCUUGUCCAGUACGUAUUGCCACCACCGGGGGAUGUCCACUUAGCCUUCAUGAACUACGGCCCCAAAUGGCGCAAAGCGCGCAAGACCAUUGCCGACUUCCUCAGAGACGAAGAAGUCGGAAAGCUUCUCCCGAUCCAAGACGCUGAGUCAUCGCAAUUCAUGCACGAGCUGAUGCAGACACCUCAACGAUACCACGACCACGUGCUGCGCUACUUCGGCGCCGUCAUAAUGGACUCCGUCUUCGGCACCAGGGGCAAGGAUUUCACUGACGAAGGGAAGAUCAAACGCUUCUUCCAAGUCCAGGAUGAGUGGACAGCGAUGCUGGACCAAGGGUCCAUGCCGCCGUGCGAUGUGUUCCCGCUCCUGCGGUAUGUGCCAGACGGUUUGACGCCAUGGAAGGGGUGGAAGGGAAGGGCGGAGGAACUAAAGAAGAGACAGAGUGAGUUGUAUCACGAGCUAUUCGAGGAGGCGAAGGCGAGGGUUGACGAGGGAAAGAGUCAGGAGAGUUUUGUGGCUGGGUUAUUGAGUGAUAGGGAGACGAAUGGGUAUAGUGAAGUGGAGUUGGAGUAUCUCUUUGGGUUUAUGCUGGAGGGGGGCUCAGAUACAACGGCUGGGGCGUUUGAAACAUUUCUUCUGGCCAUGGUAGCGUAUCCGGAAAUUCAAAAGCGGGCGCAGGAGGAGGUAGAUGGCAUGUUUGGGAUGGAGGGCGUAAAGAGGGGUAAAGUGAAUGCGGGUGCUCUGCCUUUUUUAAAGGCGUGUUUCCUUGAGACACUCCGCUGGCGCCCCAUUCUCCCCCUCGCCAUCCCUCACGCAACAACUCAGGAUGAUGUCUACCAUGGUUAUCUGAUCCCGGCCAACACCACGAUUAUCAUGAACGUCUGGGCAGUGCAACAUGAUCCGGAUGAAUACGAAGAGCCUGACACUUUCAACCCAUCUCGGUUCCUGGAAAACCCACUCGGCAUCAGAAGCAAUAGUGUUUCAGUCAAAGAAACAUCGUCCGGCCCAUCUCGGAAACCCAGCUACGCGUUUGGUGCCGGCAGACGAGUAUGUGCCGGUCAAAAAAUGGCUGAAAACAGCAUGAUGAUAACCAUGGCAAAGCUCCUGUGGACUUUUGACGUUGUAGGUGGGAAGGAAGUCGACACGAAGGUGGAGACGGCAUACAAGGAUGCCAUUUUGACCGGCCCGAACAAGCUCGAAGUCAGUUUCAACAUCAGGGGUAAGGAGCGGGAGCAGGUCGUUGCGGCAGAAUGGAAGAAGGCAGAUGAGUUUCUAAAGCGGUUUGAAUGA